CCCGGGUCCCCAGAGAGGUGAGUCCGCGGCCGGUGGGCGCGGGUUGCGGGGCCGUCGGCGAAGCUGCCGCCUCAGGCGCAGCCCCGGCCCGCACGCAGCCACGAAGCUGAGCCGCGCGCCGGAGAGCCCGCAGCUCCGCCUCGCCAGGGGAAGCCGGGGCCCCCUCAGAGGCCGGAGCGAGUGGGCCUGCCGGGCGUCGGGAGCGAGCCGCCGCCGUGCUCAGCCUGCCUUGCUGCGCGUGGGGGUUCCGAUCCCUCCCCUCCGGCACGCGCAGCCCCGCGGCUCCGGGCGACGUGCUCGAGGUCGGUGCAGCCCGGGUGCCGCGGAGCUGGCGCAGGCCACCAGUGUGACAACUUGAACUUUUCCUAGGAUUUCCCGACCGCCAGAUGGAUCACCUUGCGCAGUUCCUCUGAGACCUCGUGCGUUUAUCGAUGAAAUAAAAAGCAAGAUUUUCCCCAGUUCCUUUUAGAACGUUAUGACUUUUCUCCAUUUGGAGACAGCUCAGGAAACUGCCAGAGGGACAGACAGCUCCUCUCCGUCGGGCCCUGCGUUGUCUUCGGGAGCUUGGGGCCUGUAUGUGCCCCGCCCUCGCUGACAUCUUUCCAGCGCUUAGAGACACUUGUCCAGAGUCAUGAUCUUGAAGGCUUGAGCCGCUUGCCAGGAGAGAGAGGCUGUCUCCUGAGCCCCAAGAUGGCGGCUAAGAUGGAGAUAACUUUGAGCUCGCAGUCCCACAUUCAGGCCUCCUCCAAGCCAGAGAGACACAUAAUAACAAAGCUGGAAGAGAAACGGGGACCCGCUCUGCAAAAGGACCGCCCCGAUCCCGAGCUCUCCCGCCAGAGCUUCCGACGGUUUUGUUACCAAGAGGUGUCUGGACCCCAAGAGGCACUCGCCCGGCUGCAGCAGCUCUGCCGUCAGUGGCUGCAGCCCGAGCUGCACACCAAAGAGCAGAUACUGGAGCUGCUGGUGCUGGAGCAGUUCCUGAACAUCCUGCCCUCGGAGAUUCAGGCUCGCGUCAGGCAUCGAUGUCCAAUGAGCUGCAGGGAGAUUGUGACCCUGGUGGAAGAUUUUCAAAGAGCAGCCAAGAGACCAAAGCAGUGGGUGGCCGUGUGUAUGCAGGGGCAGAAGGUGCUCUUGGAGAAAACUGGAUCUCAGCUUGGAGAACAGGAACUACCAGACUUUCAACUGCAAACUCCUAGGAGGUUUCCCCGGGAGAGUGCUCUGGAGGAGCCUUCCCAGGCGGGAUCUCCGGACCAGCUGAGCUCUCAUCAUUGGGAAAAAUCCACACUCCUCCAGGAACCAAGCCCCAGAUUGGCUGGUACAGAGCUUCUUACAGUGAAGACAGAUCCACAUAUGGCCACUGAUGAACAUCCAUGCAAACCUUGGCUGAGUUUCAUCACUUAAAAUGGUCCCAUGUUUAGAAAGCGCCUAAACAAUGUUAGGCUCAUUAAAGGAAAUGUCCCGCUCCAUAAUAUCUUCAGCCUCUUCCUCUCCCUGUGAUGUCUUAUGUCUAUUUCCCCACCUGUCUCUGGUACAAUGCCAGUAAUUGUUAGCCCUGCUGUAUUCGAAGACCAAAUGACAGUGACACUUUGGCCAAUCUUAGUGAUGUGAAUACAGAGGCUGGUCAGCAAGUUAGAGCAAAAAGUUACCAGAAGGCUAGAACGCGUUGAUUUUUUAAGAUUUGCUACAUUCAGUGCAAUACUUGAAUUUGGUUAUUCUUGGAACUUAAGAAUGGAGAAGACCAAGGUGCUGGGCGGGGUGCUCAGUCAGUUGAGCAUCAACUCUUGAUUUCUACUCAGGUCAUGAUCUCACUGUUCAUGGGAUCGAGCCCUGCGCUGGGCUCUAUGCUGACAGUGCAGAGCCUGCUUGGGAUUCUCUCUCCUCCUGUCUCUGUGUCUCUCCCCUGCUCACGUUCUCUCUCAAAAUAAAGAACCAUAAAAAAUAAAUAAUAAUGGAGAAGACCUGGGGCAUCCAGUGGAAAAGUACUGUGAUCCUGGCUGAGGUCCUGACCCAUAACCUAUGGACUUUGUGGUCCUGGGCCUGCACACUCCCUUCUCCUGCCUCAUCACAGCCAGCUCAGUGUGCAUAGGGCUCCAUCUUCUUUUAUUUGAUCGCUGCAGGUACAUUCUCACGUUCUUCACCCCGAACAUCAGCAGUGCCUUCUGUCAGAGCUGCACCGCUCAGUGCAGUUGCCGCUGGCCACAGGUGGCUAUUUAAAUUUUAUUUAUGGAGAUAGAAUUCACAUGCUCUAAAAUUCACCCCUUCAAAGUGUACAGUUCAGUGGUUUUUAGUGUAUUUGUGCACUUGUGCAACCAUGCCCUCUAAUUCUUGGAUAUUUUUGUAGCCUCAAAAAGAAACCCAGACCCAUUGGCAGUCACUCUCCAUUGCCCCUUCUUCCAGCCCCUGGCAACCACUGUGUACUUUCUGUCUCUGGAUUUGCCUGUACUGGAUGUUUCAGAAUCACAUUGGUUGUGCUGUUUUGUGACUGGCUUCUUUCCCUGAGCGUAAUGUUUUCACGGUUCAUCCAUGUUGUAACACGUAUCAUUCACUACUUUGUUCCUUUUAUGGUGGAUUUUCCAUUAUACAGACACGGUGUGUAUGCAUCAGUUGAUGGUCAUUUGGGGUAUUUCCAUUUUUGGGCUAUUAUAAAUCAUGCUGCUGUGAACAUUUGCGUA